AUAUAUCGGGUUAUUUAUUUGAACCACUUUUUAAUUUGCCCUUAUUAGAAAUAAAACAUUUAUAGAAAUGAAAAAAUGCUCACCAGUUGAUACACAUUGAUGCCUCUCAUGCUAAUUUACAAAUGUAGCCUUUUAGGUUAACUUUUUUUCUUAUUUUUCUGAACCUUUUUGUUGUAUUUUAUUACUUUGGAAAUAAACUUUUUUGUCAAGGGGAUCCAACAUGAUUUUCCCAGUUUGAAGGGUGAACAGAAUGUAAUUGCAGAAUCUAUGACAUUUUAAUUUGGACAAACUUUGAAAACUACACCUGGGAAUUCAGCAUGUUUCAAUCCAAACUGCCUGUGUGUAAAUCUUCCCACAAAAAUGUGUAGGAAAUCCACAGCUCUUAUGUGUUAUGUAUCCCUCAUGUGUGUGAUAAUGUUUGUCAUACUUGAUGUAAAUGAUGGCACUUUUCCUUGUGCCACUUCACACUCCAGGAAAUCCGUUUAUGAGUUCUCCGUAGCUAGUCACACAUGCCAGUAUGGGAUCAAUAAUCUGAAAUGUCUGUAUUUAGUUUGUGGGAUAUCUUUCACAUAAUUUAGAAGGCUGACAUGUUUUUUCCCACCCAUAUUUACUUGUGUUUGCAAGGGGAAUAUACUUUGCUGUAGCAGAUUUUAUGUAAUAAAGGAUAUGUCACUAUAAUAAAUUCUUUUUAUUAUAACUAAAAUUGUCGGUAUUCAAUGUGAUGAAAAAUAUCGUAUGUGUAGUAAUUGCAGUGAUGUACUUCAGCAGGUGCUGACCGGAUCACGCCGAACUACGGAUGCUGGCGUUGAAACUGUAAAAACUUCACUUCCCAUGAUUCUCUGCUGUCAUGUGGGCGAAGGAAGCUAAACCGAUGAAGAGGGCUAGUUGCCUUUACUUGAUUAAAUCUUGAUUCUAUCAAAUGAAUACCGACGUUUAAUCAUUUGUAAAACAUCUCAGUGUUUAGGAAACUUUUUUGUUAUCCAACGUUCUUGUAUAGCUUGGACGCCCUGUUGUUGUUGUCAGGCAGGAAUCACCUAAAAUAAGCGAAGACACCCAGCGAAUGCCAGACUGAGAAAGAAAGGGAAACAAUGACGGUGUUCGAGCUGCCGACCCACUGAGCUCUCGGAGAGAAGACAUCUGAUGAAAAAUUACUGCAACGUUACAGAUUGUACGCGACUCAUUUCGCCUUCCUGUGGCUAGAUUAGUACUUUAAUUUAAAGCUGCAUUGGCUCAAUGAGAGUAGAAGCUGCCCUGGCCACCAGCAGUCUAUCCAGAGCAUCUGUUGGAGAGAAGCCUCAGCUUGUUCAGCUUUUAGUCCGAGUUAAAUUGCUUUGACCAUUUGUCCGAUGCAGCAUUAAAUUAAACGCCUCAGAUCCUUUGGUGGCUUCAUCGAGAACUGUUUAAACUCAUAAUAUCUCAAAAUCCAAAUUAGUGUAUGGCUUUUUUUAUGAUACGAAACAUGCAAGUCUGAAAUACAACGGUUGUGUGAAAUUUAAUUAAAUUAAAGUUGUAUACAUUUUUACUCGCGAGCUACUUCGACAGUUGUUUUCACUUAAUGCGAAAACAACUGUGGAAAAUAAGUUAUUUUUGGGGAAAAUUAUGACUGUUUUUCCCCCCGUUUUGUAGGGGCAACUAACAACAUUUUUUUAUUGUAACACAUCAUUUAUUCUCACACCUGUCAUAGUGGCAAUUGUAACAAGCAAUAGCAGUUUACAGCUGACUUUUAGUUGAGAUGAUUUUGUGAAGACAUGUUGUAUUUGAGGAAAUGCUUUCCACACUGUUUAAGGUGAUUUUUGUGGAGAAUAUUGAACAUUGAUUUGAAGUUGCUGCAUGGUGUAAUGCCUGUUUGGAUGAAGAGUAUUAUUGUAUUAAUUUAUUCCCCCCCCCCCCCUUUUUUAUUUUCUUACAAGCUGGCAUGGAAGACAAGGCAAAUGGCUCUGUUGACACCAAAAGCCCAGUGGAGAACGGCCAGCUGCCGGACCCUGCCAACUGGGGGGUCGCUGACGUCGUCAAUUACUUCAAAGCAACAGGGUUCGAGGAGCAAGCCACUGCUUUUCAGGAUCAGGAAAUCGAUGGCAAGUCCCUGCUGCUAAUGACGCGUAACGACGUCCUGACGGGACUGUCGAUAAAACUCGGCCCUGCACUGAAAAUCUAUGAGUAUCACGUGAAGCCGCUGCAAACUCAACACCUCAAGAGCAACGCCUCGUAGCACCGCAGGCCAGCCCAACACCCACCUCAGUGACAAUCAUCGCGUCAGAAGACCCCAGGUUAGCUGCCACUUCACAAAGACUCCUCUGGCCACAGUGGCACCUUAACAGAUUUUGAAUGCUGUAUGAUUUUAUAUGCGUAGACUCCAAAACUGGGUUUCACAUGGAGCACAGUCAGCUGUUUACCCUUUCAUCCCUUCUUAUUUCUCCUGCUUGAGAUACUGUAAGUAUUUUAUUUUUGAGUGUGUUAUUAUUUGAAAGAAGCUGUGCAGGUAUGAUUUUUGUGUGUAAGUAAAUGUGUUUGCGCGUGUGUGCAAAGUGAAUUUAACCCAUGCUGGUUUAAAAAAAAAAAAGUAUUUGUAUAUAAGAUGAUAUAUAGUUGAAAAAUGUUGUUGUACCUGAACACUUUGAUACAUGCAGAAAAUGAUUCUGGUACAUCACGUUUUGCCCUGAAAUCAUUUUUUAUGCUCUAAACUGUGCAGAUAAGUCCAUGAAACGUCAUUAGCAUGUAACAAUGAAGCAUUUUGUCAAAGAAACAAGGAGCCAAACAAAAACCUAUUUGCUCCUGCAAACCUAUAUUAUCUAGGCAUGAGGCCUAGUGUGUAUAUAUUAUUUUGUUCCUACCUGUGGUGCUUUCCGAAUUGUUGCCAAGACAACUGUAUUGAAGUGUGUAUGACCAAUGUAUAUGUGCAACAUAACACUGGAGUUUGAAUAUCUAAAUCAAAGAUUUGCAAUAAAUGGUGCUCUUUUCUCACAAAA